CCUGUCAACAAUGUCAGAUUCAUUGCACUUCUACCACAGAUAUUUAAUCUGUGCUUCUACGAGAAACGAGAAUAGUAACAAUUCAAUUCUGUUGUGUCAUCAUUAUACUUAAUCAGGCGUUAAGCCGAAUGCAGCUAAAAAAUGACAGUUAUAUUUUUGCGGGAAAAUAGAAAACCGUAAAAUUAGAGGUUAGUCAAAAAAGACCCUGAGAGAAAAAUCAAAACAUAUGUUACAGGUGAAUCCAAAUGUUUAGAGUCAUAUUUGUUUCAAUCAGACAACAAUGAAAAUGAACACCAGAUCAUCAACAAGAAAAACUCAAAGCGUUCAAUCAAGUCAGAACAGAACGGCUCCUAGAAAAAUUCCAAAGGCCCUCUCAUCUUGUGAUUAUGAAUGUAAAGCAGAUGACAAUGAAACUGCAAAUAUGAAAACUAGUAGAAAAAUUAAAUCAAGAGCGAAUAAUGACCUCUACGUGUCACCUCCUAAGCAAAGGAAAACUGUGAAUACAGAUAACAGUGAUACUUUUAAUACAUCAUCUAAUUUAUUUGAACAGUUAUCAUUAAAAAGCCCAAUUAAAAAUGAAUCAAAGAAGCAAAUUACCAAACUGAACUGUGAUAUGGUCACCGAAACAUGUUCUGAGGAGUUAGUUGAUGUGAAAGACUAUGUGAAUGUUUCCAAAAAUAGUAUUGGUCACAAAUCCCCAUUGAAAAGAAACAGUGUUUAUCAGAGUGCACGUCAAGCUCUUCAUAGUACGGCACCUACUAAUAUGCCUGGAAGAGAAAAUGAAUUGAAGGAUAUGAGAAGUUUUAUUAAGAAUCAUUUGGAAAAUAAAUCUUCUGGAUCCAUGUAUGUUAGUGGACCACCUGGAACAGGAAAAACUGCUUCUCUCAAUAUGAUAUUGAAAGAGGAUGAUGUCACAUCUAAGUUAACAACAGUAUAUGUCAACUGUACAGCCAUCAAAUCACCUACUGCUAUAUAUUCAAGAAUAGUUUCAGAACUGAAAAUUAAAGUUCAUGGAAGAACAGAAAAAGACUACUUGUUGGUUUUGGAAAAUUAUUUGAAGAGAAAGCACAAAAUGAUAUUAUUAGUUCUGGACGAAAUUGAUCAACUUGACAACAAAAAUCAAUCAAUUCUUUAUACUAUUUUUGAAUGGCCUUCCAAACCAAAUUCUCAGCUCAUUCUGAUUGGAAUUGCCAAUGCCCUAGAUUUGACAGACAGAAUACUUCCAAGGCUGCAGGCUCGUUGUGAACUAAAGCCAACACUUAUGCACUUUGCUCCAUAUACCAAACAACAAAUCAUCGAAAUAUUUACUUCUCGUCUAAAGUCAGCAGGAGUUUUGGAUGUGUUUUCUCCACCAGCAAUUCAGAUGCUGGCUGGGAAGGUAGCAGCAAUUUUUGGCGAUGUUAGAAGGGCAUUGGAUAUUGGAAGGAGAGUGGUGGAACUAGUGGACCAAAGCAGAAAAGGGGAGAUACUGAAACCAAUAGAAAAUCUUGCCAAAGACUUAAUUGAAGAUGAAAUGAAGACUGUUGAAUUGAAAGAAGUAUUGAAUGUUUUAAACAACGUUUAUGGCACAUCUCAGAAUUUGAAUGAAGAAACAGAGGAAUCAUUUCCUUUGCAACAAAAAAUUUUAAUUUGUUCUUUAUUGUUGAUAUUGAAAAAAGGAAAGAACAAAGAUGUGACAGUAGGUAAACUGCAUGAAGUAUAUGGAAGAGCAUGUAAAAAAAGGAAUAUACAGGCUGUAGAUCAAGCAGAGUUUGUAGGACUUUGUUCUCUUCUAGAAACUAGAGGAAUUAUCAGAGUUUCAGGAAAAAAGGAACCCAGAUUACACAAGGUGUGUUUGGAAUGGAAUGAAGAAGAGGUGAAUGCUGCUCUGAAAGAUAAACAGCUAAUGUCAAUAAUUUUGCAAGAUGACAGCUGUUUAGGAAAAUAAUGAGAUUUGAAAAACCAAUUUUAAUGAAUGUUUAUUAUCAGCAUUUUUUAAAUUAUUAACGUCAAAAAAGAUAUUGAUUAAAUUAUUUUACUACUAA